AAUUACCACUUAAUUAAAAUGUCUGGUGCUUCUAAAUACAGCAACUUAUAGAUAGUGACUUCCGAUUCUGAACCCUUCACACGAUUCAUUGUGACACUUUCCGUUAACCAAACAAACUGCACACGAUCACGCGCAGACCUUCACUGUUCCGCCAACUAACGGUUAUUUAAAGCAAGUGCGAAUUCCUCCCCAGGGAACACAAUCCUGGCAGCCUGACGGAUCAUCGUGCUUGGCUCAGAUUAUAACACCGUUCGUGAAGGGGCCUCUAGGAGGUUCAGGGAUGAAUUUGCUGGGUGAACGCAGCUUAAGCCUCGGUUCAAUGGAGAUGCGAUUGAACCGAGGUGCCCGAGCUGGCAUCAGCGGCUUACGGCGAGCAUCAAGGGCUGCGGGGGGCUCCGUCGCUAGUGGGGUCCAACAAUUAAAGGUAACACCUCAGGAACGCAUGGAUGGAGUGCUCAAAACGGAAUCGGAUUUUGACCCUGCUCACGGGCCACGUACGAAGGCGUGUUCCUUCAAGUCCCUUUCUGAACUUCUCAGAGAUAAUGGCUCGAUACCGUAUCUUCUCCAAUUUAUGGAAACUCGUGGAAUGCAGCACCUACUACGAUUCUGGCUAGAGUCAGAUAUGUUCCAACGCAGCAGUCAAGUUUUACGACAGGGGCAAGCACGAAGGCCCCUACUCAGACCUUCAGACCCUCUACAAGCGGACCCACUCAGUCCCUGUGAAGACUCAGCGUCAGCAAUCCAUUCACCAAAGGAUACAUCUCCAAAAGAGUUUGUGCCUCCAGUCUACACGGAUAGUAUCGGCCAAGACGCUCUACACAUUUAUAAUAAGUUCAUCGGUCCAUCCGCCGUUCAGCCAAUUCCACUAGAGGAUGGCAUUCGCGCAGAAAUUUUGGCCUGUAUAUCUCAGCCACAUGUCGAAUGGACGUGUUUCGCACGGGCUCAACGGAGCGUAUUUGAUCAAAUGGAACGCGACCUAUAUACUGACUUUGUCAGGAGUCCCUAUUACACACAGCGUCAAAUCGACGUACUCACAGCAAUGGCUGCUGGGCCGGGGCUCGUUGACAUCUUAGCCAACGAUGCGUGUCUCUUCUACCUGAUGGAGUUCAGUGAAGAAAUGGGCAUCCGACCUCUCAUUGACUUUCUUAUUGUUGCCGAGAAUUUCGCAUCGCAUACGCGAGCUGCCGACGCAUUCGCCGCCGAAGAAGCGCAAAGAGAUGCCAUGGUCAUUUACGGAAAAUUCUUUUCAUUACAAGCUGACACACCACUCGGAUUCAGUAGUGUGAUGCGUAGUCAGAUAGAGGAGGCUAUAUGUUCCGAGGACGGUCCCGAUGCACGAACAUUUGCGUUACCUUAUGCCAUUGUUGUCCAGUACCUCGAGAACAAUUUUCUACAAGCUUUCUUCAACUCGCCGCUUUAUCAGAAGUUUCUCACAGAAUGCAUUCAGACGGUGCAACGGGCUAGUCAUGGGACCAGACGGGGUCCGGAACGUGAAAGAGACACUUGUAGUAGCUGUAGUGAUACGAGUAGUUUGAGUACGAGCACACAACAGUUUGCGGGCAGCAGAUGUCAUGCGAGUGAAAGCGUCUCCUCAGACCCAACAGGCGAUAGUCGGUGUUUAUCUUCAGAUCCAACAGGCGGUAGUCGGUGUUUAGGGGCAUCUGGCGAUCACAGUCUUCUUGACGACAAAGUUACCUCUUCAUGGAGCUUCUCAGGGACUCUGCGAAAGGGUCAGCAGGCUAAUGGAGGUCUUCACAACAGACCGUUACAAUUACUACACAUCGACCAAUUAGGGAAGCUCACCUCCGAGUUUGAGCCGGAACCUGACGGAGUAACAGUCGGGAGUGGAGCAAUAUCAAAAUUGCGAAAGCUUGUUGGCCGAAGUGAUCGUGAAGAAGAAGAAGAAGAGCUCGCGUGGGAAGCUGCCCAUCAACUCAUCCGUGAGGUCCAUUGCCUCACGGCAACUGCCAAUAAUAAUAAUAGCACCCAUAACAAUAACAACAAUAACCAUAGUGGCCACGACAACAAUGACGAGAUAAUUUUAUGAAAGAGGGACGGCGAACGUUCAAUGAAGAGAGACUAUUUAAAAGAAAUUGAAGAACCCUAGAUUUCAUCAGGGUGGAUGCAAAGAGGAAGCAGAUUCUCACAUAAAACUAAUAGGGCCGGUGAAAACAAACGGGAGAGGACCGUUAACUAAAUAGUUACCCACAGCGCCUAGGUCAGUUGGCCUCGAAUUACUCGGAAGAGGUGUACCGGCUGUGCGUAGAAAUUUCAGUUCAAAACUUUCAAAAAUAGUAAAUGUAUAACUGUGUUAAACGGAGUCAAGGGAACCUUAGUCACAUGCUUCUUUGACCUACCAAGGAAAAAAUGCUAUGCUCUUAUUAUUGUUUGGAAAUAAUUUCAGGGAAAAGAAACCUUUUUAGUGGACUAUUAUUACAGCUGGAGUUUAAGUGGUUAUGACUUUCAGAGCAGUUUCAGCGUUGACUAUUUAGAGCAGCACCUAGCAACGGUUGUUACAGCCACCACCGUGGCAGAGUUAACGUCACUCGCCAGGCAAAUGCGCGAUUGGUUAGCGACCGUCGUCUCUUGGCUGUGUAAAUGAUCUGUACAUUAUGUAGAAAAUACGCAUUAUAAUUAUGUAAUAAUAUGAAUAAAGAUAUGAAUUAGUAGUAUUUACUAAAAGCAACAAGAAGCAAACUAAAUUAUAUAUGGAAACAGUGUGGAAAAUGAACAAUGAACAAUGAAAGGCGAAGCUGUAGUGGAAAUGGAAAGAGUCAAAUUGGAAAACGUUUGCAGAUCUGACAGUAUGCGCUUCUUCCGUGUAUACGUAGAAGUGCAACAAGCCGCCAGAAAAACGUCAAUUAAGAUAAAAGAACCAUUCAAUCUACCCGCGUAGAUCGAAACUGUUGACUAGAACUUAUUUAAGCAAUGUGAACGAUGUAAAAUGCUUUUGAUUAGUAAAAAAUGGAUAAUGACACUAAUAAUAAACGGGGUGUAAAGAAAAUCCGGCUUGAGAAAUGAAGAAAAAGGGGGGCUCGCGGAAAGCAAGUCAAGCGACGUAAUUAUUCAAUGGCGCGGUGAUCUGCAGGUGAUAUUAAUACAAGGAGAAAACAGCUUAAAUGUGAUUUUUCUCAUUCUUGUGCCUCUCUCUAUUAAAGUGAAUAGGAGGAGUGAUAAACUGGGCACAGACGAUCGUCCUAUUGUUUAUCGAAUUUAAUGGUUGGUUAACAAGUAGGUCUAUCUAACAUAACCAAACGCGAAAAACACUUGUGAUGCAUGCAAAUUGCUAUUUAUUCUUAUGAGACGGUAUUUAUGAGACACGAUAGGCGCUCUAAAGUCUUGUAUUGUAAUGUUUGAUUGCAAUAAAAUGACCUCUGAUAGUAUCUUCA